AAGGGAGAGGAGCAGAGAGGAGGAGGAGGGAGCCGCCGCCGCCCCCCCGGGAGGGAGGAGGGCCGGGCGAUUGUCUGCUCCGUCCCGCUGCCGCCGCCUGAGAGCCCCGUUCGGGGUAGCCUGGUCCGCGCGACCCUCGGCAAGAUGCCGUGCGGGGACGACUGGCUCAACCAUCCGCUCGGCGUCGUGCAGGGCUUCUUCGCCCAAAAUGGAUUAAAUUCUGACUGGGAGAAGAAAGUAACUGAAUAUUUCAAAGAAAAGCUAAAAGAAAGUAAUGCUACUAAAUGGGUACCAUCAUUGAAUGAUGUUCCUCUUCAUUAUCUGAAACCCAAUAGUUUUGUGAAAUUUCGCUGCAUGGUUCAGGAUAUGUUUGAUCCUGAGUUUUACAUGGGAGUCUAUGAAACCGUUGAUCCAAAUACAAAAGCACGGGUUUUACAUUUUGGAAAAUACAGAGACAUAGCAGAAUGUGGGCCUCAACAAGAAGUUGAUUUGAACUCUGCCCAGACCACUACUUUGGAACGACAGACUUUCUAUUGUGUCCCAGUGCCAGGAGAAUCAGCAUGGGUAAAAGAAUCAUAUGUUAGUGCGAGUCAAGCUCGGGUUAGCCCCUCAACUUCCUACACUCCAAGUCGUCACAAGAGAAGUUACGAAGAUGAUGAAGAUAUGGACCUUCAUCCAUCUAAACAGAAAGAUCAACAUACAGGUUUAAGACAUACAGGGAAGGUUGGUGAUCUUCAUGGGUAUGGAGAGCCAAAACGGUUAGAAACUGAGGCUUCUGCUGGGCAACACUUGAACUCCCCAAACUGCACCCCUCCUCUUGAUCUCAAUUUUCCACUGCCAGGAGAGAAAGGCCCUGCAUGCCUUGUAAAGGUUUAUGAAAAUUGGGAUUGUUUCAAAGUGAAUGAUAUUAUUGAGGUGUAUGGCAUUUUGUCCGUGGAUCCAGUGCUGAGCAUAUUGAAUAAUGAAGAAAGGGAUUCAUCAUUACUGGAUCCUAUGGAAUGUAUGGAUACCCUAGAAGAACAAAGAGUACAUAGCCCCCCUGCUUCAUUAGUUCCAAGAAUUCAUGUGAUUUUAGCCCAGAAAUUACAGCACAUCAAUCCACUCUUGCCUGCUUUUCUUAAGGAAGAGGAGAACAAAAGCUUUAUUUCAGGAUUCAUGUCAGAAUUAUCUCCUGUGAGAGCAGAACUACUUGGGUUCCUAACCCAUGCUCUUCUGGGAGAUAGCUUGGCUGCUGAGUACCUAAUAUUGCAUCUCAUCUCCACUGUAUACACAAGGAGAGAUGUUCUCCCUCUAGGAAAAUUCACAGUUAACUUGAGUGGCUGUCCUCGAAAUAGUACCUUCACAGAACACAUAUAUCAAAUUAUUCAACAUCUUGUUCCAGCAUCUUUCCGUCUACAGAUGACAAUAGAGAACAUGAACCUCUUGAAGUUAAUUCCUCACAAAGAUUACACAGCUAAUCGCUUAGUCAGUGGAAUCUUGCAACUGUCAAAUAAUACUUCCCUUGUAAUAGAUGAGACUCAUCUUGAGCAAGGACAGCUUGACACCCCAGGAGUUCAUAAUGUAACAGCAUUGGGCAACCUAAUAACUUGGCAGAAAGUAGAUUAUGACUUUAAUUACCACCAGAUGGAAUUCCCCUGCAAUAUUAACGUACUUAUUACUUCAGAAGGCAGAUCACUCCUACCGUCAGAUUGCCAGGUCCACUUGCAGCCACAAAUAAUUCCACCAAAUAUGGAAGAAUAUAUGAGCAGUCUUCUCACAGCAGUACUCCCUUCUGUCUUGAAUAAAUUCCGCAUUUAUCUGACUCUUUUGCGAUUGCUGGAUUAUAGCAUAUCUGAUGAGAUAACCAAGGCAGUUGAAGAGGACUUUGUGGAAAUGCGUAAGAAUGACCCACAGAGCAUAACAGCUGACGACCUCCAUCGAUUACUGGUUGUAGCCAGGUUCUUGUCUCUAAGUGCUGGUCAAACAACACUGUCAAGAGAGAGGUGGCUAAGAGCAAAGCAGCUGGAGUCUUUACGAAAAACCAGACUUCAACAACAGAAAUGUGUUAAUGGAAAUGAACUUUAAAAAUUUUUUUCUUUUACUUUAGUUUAACAGAUUAUGAAAAAGUAACGUGCAAAGUGCAACAAGAUUAUUGUAAAAUUGAAAUAUCAUUUAUACCAUAUUGUUUUGUAGAUUAUUUGUAUGAAAACAAAUGACUUUUCCUUGAAAUCCAAAUCAUGCCUGAAAACAACUGAAGUUUAUAUGGUGUUCAGUAAGGCCUUCUUUUAAACUUACUGAUUUUAUGAAGCUUUUGAAGUUUUUUUUGUAAUUAAACUGGUAACUGUGCAAAUUAUUUGAUAUUAAAGAUUUAAUAUUGAUAAUA